AUGUCAAUCGAUGAGUGGCAUUCGCGUUCAUUUCUGAUCGAAUUGAAGCCUCGCGCUGAAUUUGCAUCGCUUUUCGUCGAUUGCCCUCCGGCUGAGGACAGCGAACAGAAUGCGGAGAGCAGUGAUAACGCAAAUGUUGAAAGUGCUCCAUCCUCAUUGAAUGAGCAGCAGACAACGGAGUUGGUUAAAAUUGAAGCACAUGGACUGGAAUUGAAAGAUGUUGAGAACGGUAAUUUGGACUCGGCAAAGAGUCGUUUCUCAGUUCGAAUCGCUGAUUUAUGCCUCCAUCCAAAUACGGUUUGUGCCUUGACUUGGGCCGAUCACAGGCGUUUGUUUAUGUGCAAAGUACAUGCUGAGGCCGACGGGAUACCGCUCGGUGAGUGCAGAAUCCCAAAAACAUUCCACCGUCUUGCAAAAGAUAUCUCGUCGAAGGUGCCUCUGGAAGAAUAUGCUGAAAAUGCGCAGUCAUGUCCAAUAGCAAUAGAAUGUGCCGAAUGCUCAUUAAAGCUUCUUAGUUAUGAGCCAGGAAAUAUUGAAAUUGGUUCAAUCCCCGAAGACGACUGGUUGGAAACGGCACCGUCGAUGGAAUACUUUUGUCGUGAUUCAUGCGCACAUUCACAUUCGAAUUCAUCGGAUCCAUCCGACCUUACAAAUGCCUCAAAUCGUGAUCGUUGGCUGCCAACAAAUAAAAGAUUCAUUCUAGCGCAUUCUUUCAUUUUCGUUCUUAGACAGACUUUACCAUCGGAUGUGAUGCGAAUCUGUGAAAGUUCAGGUAUCGUUAAGUGUAUUCAAUGCGCUGCUGAGUUAGGCAUCGUUUACAGAAGAAACUCAAAUUUAGUUCAGCUGCAUCAUGCUGUGACAACGUUGAAGGCAUCGAAAUCCAUCAAACCGUACAUUGACGUCAGAUUUGGUUGCAUCGAACGUUAUUUUGCGUGGUUACUUUUAUCGCAGUGUGAAUCGCAAACAUCGCUGAAACUUGUCAUUCGUUCGUACGAUAAACGUCCAUAUUUAUUGAUUUGGUUACUAGAAUCGUAUGUGGUGUUGACCAGUGGUGACCUUCGUGAAAAUUCGUCGUCGUCGCUGAAUGGAACCGAACCUAGCUCUAAUGGUAACAGCCAUAAUGCUGAUGAAGAAUCGACAAGUGUUGAGAAUGAUUGUGUACAUUCAUUUCCAGCGCUUAAAAUGUUGUAUAAGGUGUUUGACAGUGAAUCAGCAAGAAGUGACCCUCGUGCGAACGGAGAGGAUGCGAGUGUUGGGCUGGUGGAUGUGCCGUUAGGGUGUUGUUUACGUCUUAUUCAGUUGUUACUUUCCUCUUCACAUGCUUUACCGCCAGCAUGCAGAUCUGUUGGACAAUUUUACGUUGGUUUUGUUCUCAUUUGA